UCGUCACGUUGAAAGCGACAUCGAACUGCUUAAGUUAUAUUUAAGCAUUAAGUUGUUCCUAGUAAAGGACGUUACUUGUCGGCGGUGUAGCCAAAUUAGCUGAAUUGCUAGUACGUUUUGAAACUAACUAGGGAUUUCAAAGUGGAGUACUUUACGCACAGGCGUGGUGACUUACGCAUAGCUGGUGCAGCGCCCGCCGUCACACCCACUUACCCACGGUUCUAUGCUGGAUAAUGCUGGAUAAAGAGUUUAGUUUCCCGUCAGGGACCAUGGACAUAAAAACUCCUAAUGCUCGCUCUCCCAAACCUCGUUGAGGAUCCACAAUCGCUCCUUCGUCUAGUGUUGGUUUUCUCAUAGAAAUCAGCAUGUUGAAGAGUCAGCCUCCCACCAAAAAUGCCAAGGAGAAGAGCAACAGCGCCACCCUACUGGCCACACAUGGUGACUGGGACAAAGAAGGAUGUGGGAGGAUCUUAGGAGGCUGCAGCUCAGAGAAAGAUUCGGGCUACUCUGACAACGGGUCUGACCAGCAGCACAAGGAUGCAGGGUUGCUACGAAGCAUCGUCACAGGCCAGUCCGGCCCCAAGGGUUACAGUGAAGUGCCGAGGCAGUGUCCUGUCCAACUCCCCAGCCAGGGCCCGCCUCAUCAGGCCCCACACCGCACUGAGACCGAUGCUCUGAUGCUACCAGGGAGCGAUCAUGUCAGCCCAGUCUAUAUCAUACAGAACCUGAUGCCCCACCAGGAGAGGUCCACAGUCCACAAGGCGGAUGUGAAACCUAUGAUGUGGACGAACCCCAAAGAUGGGUCUGGCGGCGCCAGCCCCGGCCAGGUGCUGCUAGUACAGCAGACCAGCCUGGCUCCAUCCCGGCCGCCUCUCUCCAAGCACCGCAACAAGUCCCAAACCCGCAUGGUUCUGGGCGCCGGGAGGCGAAAACCCACCUUCCUCCGCAUCGCCCCACAUCCCAGCAAGACAUCCCCGGAGAACAACUCACCGAGCCCGGGCCCGAGACAUCCCAGCAAGCGGGUGUUGUGUCCCGAGCUCAAGAGAGACGAGCCUGCAUCUGCAGCCAGCAGCUCCCGCCCGCCGCGUACCCCUUCCUCCUCAUCUGCCUUGCGGGCGACCAAAGGGACCAUCCCCGCCGGCGCAGCCUGCUACCGCCGCUUCCUCCACACCAUGAAGGCCCUGAGGCAGUCGGGUCUGCUGGACAUCACCCUGCGCACCCAGGAGCUCAUGCGUCGGAGCACGGCCUCUGAGCGCGACAUCGCCCAGCUGAGCCAGCACACCCGCCUGCUGAGCCAGCUGGCCGGCCAACCGGGCGCCGCUAGCCGGGUGUCGGACGGACACGCGCCGUGGGAGAGGCUUCACCAGGCCAUGGCCCAGUCAGGUGGCUACCCCAGCCUCAAGGCCCCGCACCGUGAGCCCCACUCACCGAGUCGCGACGGCGAUCUCCCCGUCUCCCCCUCAUCCUCCCCCACGCCCCCGCCCGGCCCGAGCCAGAACACCACUGGUUCUGAACCCUCAGGGAAAGUCAGCUUCAUGCCUCCUGACAGUUCUACGGGUUAAGAAGUCUUCAGCGUCAGGGUGGAGCAUUGGUCUAAAACCCUUUGGUAAAGGUUAUGUUCCCGGGGCUAAAUGGGCUUGGUUAUUUUUGUACAUGUUUAUUUCGGUCCAAUUUGACUGUAAGACUGUAAAACAGUAGCUUUAAAAGCAAGUAGCUUUAAAGGCCAUCGUAAAUGGCUGUUGUUCUGUCUCAUGGCUUAGAGCUCCUUUCUCUUUUUGAAAGAGAAAUGAUUUGUAUUGGCCAAAGCAGAGAUGUGGCCUUGGUGCCAACUUUUAUUAUAUCAAUGCCUUAAAGAAAAGCUGAAGAUAGGCUGGUUAGCCGAUAAAAGAAUAAUGAUCUGAAUAAUCCAAGGGAUUUCCUAAGGGUUGUCUGCACCCCAAAUUCACAUGAGAUACAGAGACUACUGUGCCUUUAAAAUCACCAUAGCAAUCAUAAAAUAAGUCAUCCGUGUGGUUGACAGAGGUGUUAUUUUUAUAGAGGGGAGAUGACGAUACUACACUUGUUGCCUUCCGAGGCAUGACUCAGAAGGCAAAUUGAUAAGGUGGUCAUGGAAAAGGAAAUGUGUGCAACAGAAAACUCUGGUAAAUUGUAUGUUGCAUCGAUGUAUGCCAAGACUGAGCCUUGAAAAUUCUAACUUAUUUAUUUGUCGCCCAUAAAAUGUUAUGAUUUGGGCACAUGCAAAUUAAAUGUAUGUAUUCGUGAAGUCCAGAUGUUUGCGUUAAUCACAAUGCAAAGCAGGUUUUGCAUAUUUAUACACAAAUUUCGGUGUAUUGGUAAUUGUGGCCAAACCAAUUUUUUUUUUGGUUAAAUAAUUGACUAUGCUAAACUAUUACUUUUCAUAACAUUUUGUGGUCACAAAGAUGAGACUUUUUUAACUGACCUUUUUUUACUUACUCUAAAUGACCUACACUUUUGCACCAUAUGCCUUCAAAUGCUGAUAAUACAGGAACUCAAUCAAUAUGACCUGAAUGAAAGCCUUAAUAAACUGGAGUGAAGUGACAUUA